UGCAGCUGCUCUGGGCCACGGCAGCCCCCGCCCCCCGGUCUGCUUACAUAUUUUUUAUAAGUUCCUUUGCUGCGCAGCGCCCAGCGAUCUGCUGCGGAGGUGCGUUCGGGGUCCUCCAGCGCUAACACCGUUGACUCCGCCGCCGCCACACGGGAUCUCUGCCCCGAGCUCCGCAGUCACCGCCGCCACACGGGACCUCUGUCCGGAACGCCGCAGUCGCCGCCGCGGCGCCAGCAUCCGCAGCAUGCGCAAGAAAGCACUAGAAAUUUACUCUGUGGAGCUCAAUGGAACUAAAGACAUUGAGAAAACAGACAAGGAGGAUGGCAAGGAAAAGUACAGGGGCCUGAACAAAUGCCUGGAACACAGAAAGAAUCAUCAGAAAGAAGAGUUUAAGAAAGAACUCGACCUGGAUGACCACAAACUUAGCAAUAAGGAAUUGGAAAAGAAAUAUGGGACAGACAUCAUUAUGGGUCUCUCCAGCUCCAGAGCUGCUGAGCUGCUGGCACGGGAUGGGCCCAAUGCCCUCACCCCUCCCAAGCAGACGUCGGAGAUCAUCAAGUUCCUCAAGCAGAUGGUGGGAGGCUUCUCCAUCCUUCUGUGGGUGGGAGCCUUCUUAUGCUACAUCGCCUUUGGGAUUCAGUACUCCAACAACACGUCGUCAUCCCUGGACAGUGUGUACUUGGGCUCCGUACUCAUCCUGGUCGUCAUUUUAACAGGGGUUUUUGCUUAUUACCAAGAGGCAAAAAGCACCAACAUCAUGUCCAGCUUCAGUAAGAUGAUCCCUCAGCAAGCCCUUGUCAUCCGAGAUUCCGAGAAGAAGGUAAUCCCCGCAGAGCAGCUUGUGGCAGGGGAUAUCGUGGAGGUUAAAGGGGGAGACCAGAUCCCUGCGGACAUCAGGGUGCUGUCUGCCCAGGGGUGCAGGGUAGAUAAUUCAUGUCUCACAGGGGAAUCUGAACCCCAGUCCCGCUGCUGUGAGUUCACUCAUGAAAACCCCCUGGAAACAAAAAACAUCUGCUUCUAUUCUACAACCUGUCUGGAAGGCACUGCCACUGGCUUGGUCAUCAGCACAGGUGACCGCACCAUCAUUGGUCAUAUUGCCUCCUUGGCGUCAGGAGUUGGAAAUGAGAAGACACCUAUUGCCGUUGAGAUCGAGCACUUUGUUCACAUUGUGGCAGGAGUGGCCGUCUCCAUUGGCGUCCUCUUCUUCAUCAUCGCAGUGUCCCUAAAGUAUCAAGUCCUGGAUGCCAUCAUCUUCCUCAUUAGCAUCAUCGUGGCCAAUGUGCCUGAGGGCCUCCUGGCCACUGUCACUGUGACACUGUCACUGACCGCCAAACGGAUGGCCAAGAAGAACUGCCUGGUGAAGAACCUGGAGGCCGUGGAGACCCUUGGUUCUACCUCCAUCAUCUGCUCAGACAAGACUGGGACUCUGACACAGAAUAGGAUGACUGUGGCCCAUCUGUGGUUUGACAAUCAGAUCUUCGUGGCUGACACUAGUGAAGACCAUUCAAACCAACUCUUUGACCAAAGUUCUAGGACUUGGGCCUCCUUAUCCAAGAUAAUAACACUGUGUAACCGAGCCGAGUUCAAGCCAGGACAGGAAAGUGUCCCCAUCAUGAAGAAAAUUGUGGUUGGAGAUGCCUCAGAAACUGCUCUUUUGAAGUUCUCAGAGGUCAUUUUGGGUGAUGUGAUGGAAAUUAGAAAAAGAAAUCGUAAAGUAGCUGAAAUCCCUUUUAACUCUACUAACAAAUAUCAGCUCUCCAUACAUGAGACAGAGGACCCCAACGACAAGCGCUUCCUCAUGGUGAUGAAGGGAGCCCCCGAGCGGGUCUUAGAGAAGUGCAGCACCAUCAUGAUCCACGGAGAGGAGCAGCCACUGGACAAGAGCACCGCCAAGGCCUUCCACACAGCCUACAUGGAGCUGGGCGGGCUGGGUGAGCGUGUGCUGGGUUUCUGUCACCUCUACCUGCCAACAGACAAAUUUCCAGAAAACUACUCAUUUGACAUAGACACCAUGAACUUUCCCACCUCCAACCUGUGUUUUGUGGGGCUCUUGUCAAUGAUUGACCCUCCUCGCUCCACUGUGCCAGAUGCAGUCACCAAAUGUCGGAGUGCAGGAAUCAAGGUUAUCAUGGUUACUGGCGAUCAUCCCAUCACAGCCAAAGCCAUCGCCAAGAGUGUGGGGAUCAUUUCAGCCAACAGUGAGACAGUGGAAGACAUUGCUAAUCGCCUCAACAUUGCUGUGGAGCAAGUUAACAAGCGGGAUGCCAAAGCUGCUGUGGUGACCGGCCAGGAGCUGAAGGACAUGAGCCCAGAGCAGCUGGAUGGGAUCUUAGCCAAUUACUCGGAAAUUGUCUUUGCCCGGACAUCCCCGCAGCAGAAGCUGAUCAUAGUGGAGGGCUGCCAGAGGCAGGAUGCAGUUGUCGCUGUGACAGGGGAUGGAGUAAAUGACUCUCCAGCUCUAAAGAAGGCAGAUAUUGGGAUUGCCAUGGGGAUCACAGGUUCGGAUGCAGCCAAAAAUGCUGCUGACAUGGUCCUGCUGGACGACAAUUUCGCAUCCAUAGUCACAGGGGUAGAGGAAGGCCGACUUAUCUUUGACAACCUGAAGAAGACUAUCGCUUACACCCUGACCAAGAACAUUGCUGAGCUCUGCCCCUUUCUGAUCUACAUCAUUGUCGGGCUGCCCCUGCCCAUCGGCACCAUCACCAUCCUGUUCAUUGACCUGGGCACAGAUAUAAUCCCCUCAAUUGCCUUGGCCUACGAGAAAGCUGAAAGUGACAUCAUGAACAGGAAGCCACGUCACAAGAAGAGGGACAGACUAGUGAACGCACCACUUGCUGUGUACUCCUACCUGCACAUUGGCCUCAUGCAAGCCCUGGGAGCUUUCCUUGUGUAUUUCACCGUCUAUGCACAGGAGGGCUUUCUGCCUAUCUCUCUCAUUAACCUGCGGGUAGAAUGGGAAAAAGACAACGUAAACGACUUGGAAGACAGCUAUGGGCAGGAAUGGACGAGGUACCAGCGGAGACACCUGGAAUGGACAGGCUACACAGCUUUCUUUAUUGGCAUCCUGGUCCAGCAGAUAGCAGAUCUGAUCAUUAGGAAGACCCGGAGGAAUUCCAUCUUCCAGCAGGGCCUCUUCAGAAAUAAAGUCAUCUGGGUGGGGAUUGCCUCGCAGAUUUUCAUUGGGCUGAUCCUGUCCUAUGGCCUUGGAAGCGUCACAGCCCUGAGUUUCGCUGUGCUUAGGCCUCAGUACUGGUUUGUGGCUGUGCCACAUGCCAUCCUGAUCUGGGUAUAUGAUGAGGUGCGGAAACUCUUCAUCAGGCUCUACCCUGGAAGCUGGUGGGAUAAAAACAUGUAUUACUGAGACCACCUCACUUCCAGCCCUCCUAAGGGCACAUGGUUCAUGCUCUUGUUCAUCUUCUGGGCACUUGAUGGGAGAUUCCAAUCAGUGUAAACAUCAUCAAAAUUCAUGUGAGAAAACAUUCGUGAAGAGUACCGUAUGAACAACACUCAGUGAUGUUUUGUACUUAAAGCUGAGAUUCAACUAUUUAUAUAUGAUUUUCAUCUCUAUCUCCAUCUCCUUAUUUUAAAAUGUGUGAAUUUCAAGGUUGCGGUAUAGGGAAGGAUACAUUUCUAUGUAUACAAAGUGCCUUGAUGUUAAAUAUCCGUGUAACCCAGGUGUCUGCAGGGGUCUACUUCAGAUGGGAUUGCUUCAGGUGAGACUGCUCAGGCACCAUUCCCACAUCCUGCUAAAGCCCCAGUGGCCCCUUAGACUUUUGCAAAUUCCCUAGAACAUACAUGUUCAUGGUCACCUGGCUCAACAAAGGCUAAUUCAGCUGAAGACUUAAAGGAGAUGGAUGUGGUGGCAGGUAUAUCGCAGCAGCAUAGAUUUCUCAGUCAGAGAUGUCCUUCUUGAAGGCUCUUGCUAUUCAGCCAUGAUGGCUUCCUUGGCAGUGUCACCCCCUCCCCACCUCUCCAGUCCUUGUGUUUGUUUCCUCCACAGUCACCCUCCCACACACACUCUUACCACCAAACUGAGCUCCAGUUCCAUUUUGCACAUCCCAACUCAAUGCUCCACUGACCCAAAUGGGCUUUUUUCCCCAGGUUCCCACCCCAGCAGAGAGGUAUUGUGGCUUCAAUAGUAAAUAUUUAUUUCUUGUAAAAGUUUCCAGGUGUUCUCCAGAGAAAAUGUUAUGUCAGUCAUAUUCUGUGUAAAAAGUCCAGAGAGUCCUUGUUUUUAAGUAAA